AGACUUUUCUGGAAGAAAUACAUCUCCGAAGCCAACCAGCCAACUAACAUUAAAAGGAAACAACCUCUGCUUUCAAAUAUCAUUCGUCGAUUGAUUCACAAAUUGCAACUCCUUUUUUUAAUCAACACGAACACAAUAUACAGAGAGAGAGAGAGUGGGAGAUGGAUUUUGAACUGAGAAGAGCUAGAGAGAAGCUAGAGAAAGAGCAGAGAGAGAGGAAGGAGAAAGCGAGAUUGAAACUGCAAAAGGAAAAAAAAGCCAAAGAAGAGGCUCAUAAGCAAAGGGAAGCCAUCGAAGCUGUUCAAAGAUCUCGUCGUAUUGAUGCAGCCGAAGCCCAACUCAAGGCUGACCAAGAGAUGCAAGAAAACCUACUUGCUGGCAGAGGAAUUGUGUUUUAUAGAUUACUAGAAGCUGUACCAUAUCAAGGUGGUGGAGAUAAGAUCAAACUGCCUCCUUCUUGCUUCACAGAACUGUCUGAUCAGGGUGCUUUUGACAAGGGACCCUUAUACUUUCAGUUGUCAUCAGUUCAAGAGGAAAGCUCUUCAAGCAUCAAAAGUACAGAUAAAGAGAAUCAGGGGACCACCCAUUCAGGAGUUUUAGAAUUCACUGCUGAUGAAGGUUAUGUGGGUCUUCCUCCUCAUGUAUGGAAUAAUUUAUUUUCUGAAGGCACUACAAUAUCUCCAUUAAUUGAAGUGCGCUAUGUUUGGCUUCCUAAAGGGACAUAUGCUAAACUUCAACCUGAAAGAGUAGGAUUUUCUGACUUGCCAAAUCAUAAGGCUAUCCUUGAAACAUGUCUUCGGCAGCAUGCUACUCUUUCUCAAGAUGACAUUUUAACUGUAAACUAUGGAGAACUUGCAUACAAAUUAAGGGUGCUUGAGUUAAAACCUUCUUCAAGUGUAUCUGUUUUAGAAACAGAUAUUGAAGUUGACAUAGUUGAUCCUGAUACGUCCUCAGAAAAGACAGAUCAGCAUGUUUUAGUGCCAGUUGUAUUUGGAAUGUCACAAAUUGGAACAGUAGAAGAAGGAAAGUUUGUGUAUUACAAAUUUUCUAUAGACAAUGCCGCAUGGGAGAAAAUCUCUACUGGGAAUUCUUGUAUUGAGGUAAAAUUAGAAUCCGAGACAGAUGGGGGGGACACAGAUCUCUUCAUCUCUAGACAUCCUCUCUUAUUUCCUACAAGACACCAGCAUGAGUGGUCUUCUCAUGAUAUUGGCUCAAAGACUUUGAUUCUUAGCUCAAAAGAUCAAAACUUGGGUGCUGGGACUUACAGCGUUGGUAUAUAUGGCUUCAAGGGAAUGACUAAGUACAAAAUAUCAAUCAUGAUUCAGGAUAAUUUCAACCAAAAAGUUGGUCAGCAAGCAUCAUCUUCCAUGUCAUCUAUAGAAAUGGAUACUGAACAAUGCAGGAAUUGCAAGCAUUAUAUACCCACUACGACUAUUGCACUGCAUGAAGCUUAUUGUAGCAGGCACAAUGUUGUCUGUCAGCGUGCAGGCUGUGGAGUUGUUCUUAGGAUAGAGGAGUCUAAGAACCACAUUCACUGUGACAGGUGUGGUCAGGCUUUUCAGCAGGUAGAAUUAGAAAAGCACAUGAAAGUUUUUCACGAGCCACUUCACUGCCCGUGUGGAAUAAUCCUUGAGAAAGAGCAAAUGGUGGAGCAUCAAGCUUCAGUUUGCCCCCUGCGUCUAAUUACAUGCCGGUUUUGUGGUGAUAUGGUUCAAGCUGGGAGUACUGCCAUGGAUGUACGUGACAGAUUAAGAGGAUUAUCUGAGCAUGAGAGUAUUUGUGGUUCUAGGACUGCCCCCUGUGAUUCCUGUGGGCGUUCUGUGAUGUUGAAGGACAUGGACAUACACCAGAUUGCUGUUCAUCAAAAGGGCUAAAUUCUGACAUGUUCAUCUUAACGGGAACUUGUGAAGGAUUUUGAUAUCUGGGCGUUGAAUAGAAAUUAAAAGUAACAGGAAGAGAGAUUGUUGAGCAGAAACGUCUGUAUGUUCUACUAUGGAAGACCAGCUGCGGAUAUAUUUAAUUGUUGUUGCAAUUGGCAUUCAUUAUGUACGAAAUCAUGAUUUAUUUUUCUACUUCUGUAUGGAAAAUGUCUGCUGCUUUACAUCACUAAUUCUUUUAUAAACAUUGGUGAAGAAACCACAAGCAAGUGGAUUUGUUAUGCAAAUGUUUUACGAAAUAGUGAUUAGCUAACUGAAAGAUAUUGUGCAAUUUCCUGUUUUGAAUAAGAUUUUUCUGGUGCCUAUUCAAAUCUUAUUUAGGAAAAAAAAGCUAAAAAAUUGUCAGAUAUAAUCUCGUGGAGAAGGUAAAGUCUGCUUAGUCUUAAUUUUAUUAAGUAGUACUGAGUUAGAAUUAGUAGUUUUUGUUAUUAAACUUCAAUUUUGUGCCGUAGUCCAGCUUAUUGAUCAAUGUACAAAAUUAAGAAUACACUUCUCAAGAGUAAUAGGACUUAAGAAUUUACUUCAUUGC